AUGCCGCUCUGGGCCGUGGACGACUCGCUCGCCGCGCAGCUCACCCGCAACGCACGGCAGAUCGUGCAGCUCCUCAAGGACAUCCAGGUCGACAUCGUCCGGCACGUGCGGACGGCGCUCUCGCUCAAGAUCACGGUGGUCGGCGUGAGCGUCGACGGUCUGAUGGCGCUGCUCGGCGCCACAGUGAUCGUGGUGGUGCUCUGCCGCUGGCAAGGCACCAGCCGGAUGCUCCGGUGGCCGAUCCUCCUCCUCAUCCUCACCAACAUCGUCGCGGAUCUGGUCGGCUACCUGGCUGUCCGCUGCACGAUCAAGCUGGUCGAGUGGCUGCUCGCGAGGGCAACCUCGUGGGAGGCACAGGCGGAGGCGCUCGACGCCAGCGACGGGCGAGCGGCGUGGCGCGCGAGGCUGGAGUCGGAGCUGUACGACUGGAGGCACGCGCAGGCGACGGCGCAGCGGCUGAGGCAGGCGAGGGAGGAGGGCGACGCGGCGGCGCUGAUGCGGCUGCUGCUGCCGUGCCUCAAGCCAAACGUGGCGGGGGUGCAGGAGUACGAGCUCUACUGCCGCGCGCGCGCCGGCACCAAGCACGCCAUCUCUGCGCUGAUCGAGGAGGUCGCCGCGUCGGAUCGCCCGGCCCUUGGCACGGAAGGACGGACCCUUGUGCACCGCCUAGCACUCGAGACGACAGAGGGCGUGUGCUGGAUCGCCGACACGCGCCCCACCUCUCCCGACACGGCCGCCUUCCUGCGAACCGCGCACGUCGCCUUUGGCAACGAGGCGCUCGUGCUGUCUGGCGGAGCAACGCUCGGCAUCUACCACUACGGAGUUCUCAAGGCGCUACUCAGCGAGGGCCUGCUACCCGCCGUGAUCAGCGGCACGUCGGCCGGCGCGGUGGUGGCGGCGAUGGCGUGCUGCCGCACCGACGACGAGCUGCAGCGGAUGGGCUCGGAAGGCCCCUUCACCGACAGCGAGGGGCGGGCAGACACGGUGGGCCGGCAGCUGUGGCGGCUGCUGCGGCACGGGCGGAUGUACGACGCCGAGCAGUUCCGAGGUGGCACCUCGGGCGCACAAGCCCUCUGGACGUGCAGCAAGACUCUCGAGAGCUGCGAGCAGGCGUACGGGCACUCUGGCCGCACGCUCAACAUCACUUGCACGCCGCUCAAGUCGCGAGGGAACGGCGCGCCGCCGCUGAUGCUCAACCACAUCGACACGCCCCACAUCGACAUCGCGUCCGCCGUCACCGCCUCGGCGUGCGUCCCUGGGCUGAUCGAGCCGGUCGUGCUGCUGGAGCGGGGCCCCGACGGCGCGCUGCGCCCCUUGGACCACCUCGACGCGAGAUUGUUAGGCUCCUUCGAGUCGGACGUGCCGCUCAAGCAGCUGCUCGGCGCCUUCGGCUGCUGCUUCACGAUCGUCUCGCAGGUCAACCCGCACAUCGCCUGCUUCUACGCCCACCCGUGCGGCAGGCCUGGCCGGCCGUCGGCGGGGCGCGACCGCACCGGCGCGUGGAGGGGGGGCUUCCUGCUGAGCGCGAUCGAGGUUGCGAUCAAGGAGGACUUGCGGCGCCACUUGCGGACGAUUCAGCGGCUGCGGCUGAUGAGCGACCUGACCGGUUUCGACUUGACUCAGAUGUGGCUUCAGGAGCAGGACGGCUCGGUGACGCUCACUCCCGCCAUCCAGCUCGGCGACCUCACCGCCCUCAUCUCCAACCUGGAGGAGCCGGCGCAGCUCUCACGACGCAUCCCCGCGAGACGGAGCGCGCGACCGCCCGUGAAGUGGACCGGCAACCGGUCCUGA